AUGGCAGUAGAAGUCGUUUUCUUUUUUGGCCCUCCACAUACUGGUAAAACUUGUUACUACUUGAAGCAUUUUGCUGCCACUCAUCGCAGAGUUUCAGCUCGAGAGCUUUUUCUUCGUCAACCUGAUACUUGCUUGCGUGAAGUUAUUCUAAAAGUUGUUCAAAAUCUUAGGCAGGGUUUCAAUGUUGUUGUCGAUGACGAGCAUUGGUCUGUCAGUACUAGAAACUCCUACCUUAAAAUCAUAAAAGAUAAAACCGCGUACUAUCGAUCAGUUAAUCUAGCAUUUUGUCUCCAGGUCCCAAAGUGCACCUUUGCGUGUUAUGUCUUUAAUCCGCAUCCAAAUCAUGGUAGAUUGCAGUGUUGGUGGGCUCGAGAAUGGGCUCUGGCAAAGUUUUCAUUAGUUAAAAUGCAUCAUAGCCCCAAUCGUAAUGCCGACUAUAAUUAUCCUAGCCGGCCUAUGGAAAGCGAUAAGAAAUUCGAUCGGUGGUUUGAUGAUGAACUUGGUGGCAAAAUGUAUGGAAAUAAAUUAUCCGAGCCAGAGAAACCAACAUGGGAAGAAUUUGAAAACCUACACCAACCCAAGCCUACACUGUUCUGUAAUUCACCGUAUCAAUUAGAAUUACCUGCCCUCUUUAUAGAAUGGGAAGCUCUUUUAGUCGAGAAGGAUGAAGAUAACAAAUUUUCCAUUAAAACUAAAGAUGGUAUUGUAGAUGCCAUUCGUCUGUGGUCAAACGCUAAUCCUACUGGUCAAUCUGACUCAGAACAAAGCAGUCUAGAACUGGAUGAGAGCACUGCUACUAAAAUUACUAAUGCUAAAAUGUGCUCCUGUGUCAAAGAUAUGCGCUACAUGAUAGGAAAAAUCUGCACGGAGCUAACGGCGGUCCCAGUUUUUUUCACUUUUGUUAACGAUCCGACGAAAUCAGGCCUAUUUACGUUAUUACCACGCCCUGGCAUUAUUGCAUGGCUCCAAUUUAUACACAGGCUAAAUCUCUUCCAUCAAUCCACCUUGUAUGUUACGAGUUCACAUUAUCAUACUCAAUGUGCUGACAAUGCUGGUAUCAAAAGUAUUCCCAUAAAGAAGUUACUACGCAACCCACGUCAGAUUAUAAGUAUUCGCAACAAUGCCCAUGUUUCGUGCUUGCCCGACAUUGUACGAAAUUUCGAAUACACACGGUCUGAUUACGUCGAUUUAACUCAGAGUACUAAUGAAGCAGAAGUUAUUCUGUCAAAAGACCGCGAUAUAGUGCCUUUUUAUAAAUGUAAUACCUCGGAUUGUCACAUUCUCCAUAAUGAAUUGAGCUGUUGUCUAAUAUACCAUAUGGCUGAUUAUGGUCGCCUGCAUGGUGCUUGCUAUAAGACACAAGCCGUUUUCGAUAGUUAUAUUAACUUCUACGUGGAAAAGGCCUCGCGAAGUAUUGUACGUAAAGUAUCACGAAAUUUUAUAGAAAGCAAAUUAUCACAAAUAUCUCAAGAAAGCUGUGACUUAGCGGAUGAAAAUCCCGUUUCAAACAAUGUAAAGCUCAUUUAUUUGAUUAGUGCAGACGGGAAACGAUUGUCUAGUAUGCUAAAAAGAUUCAUGUAUCACUUACAUAAUAAAGAACAAACACCUAACAAAAUUAAAGUGACAUUGAAAGAUAUCCAAAAAAUGGCAGCUAGCCCAGCUCAUUUUUCACGCGGCAUGCAAUACAAAGAUAAUAUAGAAUCAUUGACACCCAUACGCAAUGACAGCAACGGCUUAAUGACAUUAAAUUGUGUCUGCAAAGGAACCCGAGAUGUGCCAUACAAGGCUUCAGCUGUUAUUGGCUGUUCCGGUAUACUCUCCGCUCAAUGCUCCUGUCCUGUUGGUAUGACAGGCACAUGCAAGCAUGUUACUGCUAUGUUGUUAGUCCAGUUAGAUCAACAGAGAUCAAAUGAAGAUGAUACUACGGAUGAAGAAAGCGGAUCAGAAGAGCGGACGAUGCGCAAACCAUCACCUACACUAACACGUAAACAGUCAAAUAAAUUCCGGUCGCUACCAUCGUGGCUGAAUUCCACACAGAGCACAACGGAUAACGAAUCUGUUGAAACUAAAGGCGCACAACAAGAAACCUCUAAGGACAUUAAAACACAACUCGAUUUUAGUGAUUCAAAGUUAGAAAAUGCUACCCCAAAUUUUUCAAAUUCAGUCAGUGAUGACGAUUUGAUAAAUGACUCCGAAGCAACACAACCCUAUGAUAUGAAUAACCAACAAACAAAUGGUGUGCAAUUAACUCGCCAUCUAACGCCUGAUCUCGCACAAGUAAAAACAAGUUCGAUGGGAUUUAAGAGAAAGAAAAUAACUAAGCAAGAAGCAGUAAAAAGAAUUAUAUACCAUAUGUCGGUGCAAGAGCUGGUUGACACUGCUAGAGAAAUUGUAAAUGUUGAGCGCAUGAAAACAGGAGAGAAUCUGAGCUCCGAUAGCAAUGCUCAUACAAGUCAAAAUUCCAAUGACAAAGACGAUGAAUCGGAUUCCAAUCGGCCAACGCCGAGUGAAUCUUUUAAAAGGAAUCGUAAUCGUAGCAGCCUCGGUGACAGUAGGAUUCUGGUUCAAAAAUCAUUUCUACAGAAUCAGUCUGACUCGAUUUUAGAAACUGUACCUGGAAGCUACAUUCCAGAAACUUUUAUUGAUAGCAUCCAACCAAAUAAACGAAAGAGUAUCUGGGUCGAUCCAUCCCCCGAAGCUACUUCAACGACAAAGUUACAAAAAUGUCAUGAUGAUAAGGACAUUGUAAGCUACGUUCCGGAAACUCCAACGUCAAGCGAAGACGCUAUUCCUAGUGUAAAUAAAUCUUAUCAAUCAUCAUUACGUAGUAGUGUUAGUCAAACGAAUACUGGUAAUCUCUGGGAAGCGAGUAAUGAAGGCAACUCUUUGAAGGAAACAGAUCGUGGCAAAGUUGAACCUGUAAUUGAUUUAUCAUUUUUGGAUGAACUAAUCUAA